UAAAAGCAGUGCUGUACGUGCAGGCCUUGGCAACCCGGACUUGCGGAGUGCGUGUCACAUUUUUCGGGACACUCUCGACUUAAUUGCACCGUUUCGUAACCGCCGCUUGAGUCGUGUUUAACCCUGCGGGCUUUGUGUUAAACUCUCCGCUGGUGAAGAGGGACAACGGUCGUUCCUGGUGAUAAUAAUCCGUACAGGUGGGACCCGCGUGAAUCUGUCAAUUAUUCGGGCGACGAUAGCACAUCUUCUGUCACUGAACGCCGUGUUGGCUAUAGCGUCAAGCGUCACCAAUUAUACAGGAUAUACAGACAGUGAAAUAUCUCCAGCAUGUUGGACAUAGAGGCAUACCAGCUGGCCAUUGCCUUGCUCUCGGUAAUGGUGAUAGGGAUAAAAGGCGACUGUAACAUGACGUCAUUCCAUGUGGAGCUAAUAAAGUCAGUCGACUCCUUCAUCUCUGAGUCCCAUGAUACAGCAACGGAGACUGGCGACGGCCACAUCUCCCCAUACUGCAGGCGCUAUACUGACGUGCUGACCUGCUCAGAGAUGUUACUACAAGGAAUGCCAUGGUGUAACUCAUCGGAAAUACAAGAAGCGUUCCCGACGAUGCGAGAGGCCGGGCAAGUGGCUGAAGAGUGUGGACUGCACCGCAACUUCACUUGGUACAAUUCUACUGCGGAAGAUGAUGACUUCCUACACGAAGAUGUCAUGAUUAGAUGCAGAGAGUGGAUCUACCAAGGAUACCUGCACACGUGCACGGAGAGAUUCGCCAGAACUAUCUCAACUGUUGAACAGACGGAACUGUGUGUUUGGCCUGGUGAGCAGGUGCAGCCAUACACGGAGCUUGCAGCCUGCGCACAUCAUGCCGGGAAGCUAACCUUUAACCUCGACAGCCUUCAGUAUGACGACUUCAUGAAAGGGAUUCACCAAAAGUUCUACCGCCAUUGUCACGACUGGAGGAACCGAGGCGAGUUCGACCCUCCCAGCGACAUCUUGGCUGCGUGUGUGGCGGCACCGACUGUGGCAGCUCUGGUAGCCGCCAUCUUGUUAGCAACCUGGGAUUUAAUACUCGGUCGGAAACAAAAGAUGCCAGUAACAACAGACACACAUGACGAUGACGCAGGGUAUGAACAAUAGGACGAUAUUCGAUGUUAAACAAACAAAAUAUGUGCAAAUACAAACAAUAGAAUGCAACGUAUGUUAGAGUAAGCACUAUAUAUGCAAUAUGUCGAU